GCGUAUUCUCACUUUCGGUUCAUUACGCCCAAAACAUCCCUGGUAAAGACCUUGGCUGUAUUUGUCUUCAACAAAGUGAAAAUUUAAAGUGGAAAAUGACGCGAAUUCUCAUCGCUCUUGUGAUCGGCGUGGUGCUGUUCUUCGUGGAUGCAAAAGAAUCCCCUCCCAAGGUGCAGGUGUACAGCCGUAACCCUGGGGAAUAUGGCAAGGGUAACACUCUCAUCUGCCACGUGAGCGGAUUCCACCCCCCCGACAUCGCCAUCGAGCUGCUGAAGGACAAUAAGGAGAUCCCCAACGCCAAACAGACCGACCUGGCUUUCGAGCAGGGCUGGCAGUUCCAUCUCACCAAGACGGUGGAAUUCACACCAGUCAAGGGCGAGAACUACGUGUGCAGAGUCAGACACCUGUCCGACACCAAAAGCUACACCUGGGAACCUGAUAUGUAGAAAUUAGUAGAAGAACAAUGUUGGAUGCAGUCUCAGAUGUCGCCAGCGGCCAAUGAAAACACAAGGAUUACAUUAACCAAUCAAUGCAGGACAGAAAUCCCUACUCCAACAAAGCAGAUCUCAGAUCAGACCAGAUAAAACGUUGCAUUCACAUCUGUUUUAAUUUAAAUGAUUGCAUCACAACUUUUGUAAAUCAAUACUCUUGCACUGUAACAUUUUUGCUACACAUGACUAUUUGAUGGGUGACAGAAUUGGAAUAUAACACUGCACCUAAUUUUAUAGGUUAAACUGAAUAUAUUAUUUACAUUGAGGCGACUUUAAAUAUUUUGUGCGAUCGAUUACUUAAAACAUCAUAAUAGCAGCCACCCAAAAGACAGUGAGGUGUCAUUAUUAAAUUGGGCUGUUCUACAAAUAAAAAUACAUAUUGUUUUGUAUUUCAAGUCUGAAUCGAUAUGACUGGCUAACAUCAGUAGUUUUUUCCUCACUUUUAAUGCUAUAUAAUUAAGCUUUCUGAUUAGCGACUGUAUGUUAGUAUAUCUUAGCUGACUGUCAUAGAGUUACCAUAUAAUUACAGAUAUGUUGUUUGUUGAUUUAUGUGUGCCUAUUGCUUUGUAGUGAGCACUUUACUGUUUUCUAUUAUUCGGGAUAAAAAUCACGUAAGAAACCUACAUCUCUGGAGCUGAAGCUAGUGUGCAAAAGAUUUCAAGUGUACUGCGAUAUUCACAAGAAAGGAGAAAUGAAAAGCACUGAAGUGGAUUAUUAUCUGGUGAACUUUAAAGAAAAAACACACCAAUAUCAUUGCAUACUUACUGUAGAAAGAGUAAAAACCAAAAUCAUUACAAAUUACAAAUUCUGAUUAAAUGUAAUGAAAUCAUAAACGUAAUGUUUGUAAUAAUAAUUAAGAUAAAAAACCUUGUCUACGGGCUUCACAAUAAAAAUCUGAAAAACUGAAA